UCUUUCUGCGUAAAACAUCAAAACCGAAGUGAUCGGUUAAAUUGUGGGAAUCAUGGUUAACGGCCGCAUACCUUCGGUCUUUUCGAAGACCUACGUGACGCCACGUCGCCCUUAUGAAAAGGCACGCUUGGAUCAGGAGUUGAAGAUCAUCGGCGAGUAUGGUCUGCGCAACAAGCGUGAGGUUUGGCGCGUGAAGUUGUCUCUGGCCAAAAUCCGCAAGGCUGCGCGUGAGCUGCUCACUUUGGAUGAGAAGGAUGAGAAGCGUCUUUUCCAGGGUAAUGCCCUGUUGCGUCGUCUAGUCCGUAUUGGUGUCUUGGACGAAUCUCGCAUGAAGCUCGAUUACGUGCUUGGCUUAAAAAUCGAAGAUUUCUUGGAGCGCCGUCUGCAGACGCAGGUGUUCAAGCUAGGAUUGGCCAAGUCCAUUCAUCAUGCGCGUGUAUUGAUACGCCAACGUCACAUUCGUGUACGCAAGCAGGUGGUCAACAUUCCAUCGUUUGUUGUGCGUCUGGACUCGCAGAAGCACAUUGACUUCUCACUGAAAUCGCCCUUCGGUGGCGGCCGUCCUGGACGCGUCAAGAGGAAGAACCUGAAGAAGAACCAAGGUGGUAGCGGCGGCGGUGGUGGCGCCGAAGAGGAGGAAGACUAAGAAGUAACUCCAAACUGCAGUUAAAUAAAAGCUGUAAAAGCCACUUAUGUAUAAAAACAAAAGUUCUUAAUUUUACAAAAUAUAUUUGUGUAAAAUUAUCAAA